AUGCCACCUCUAUCCUCUUCGCCGCCUCCAAUUCUCGCCAUUACGGCCACAUUCCUGCAGCUGCUCGUUCAACAUCUGCCUCGACCGGUUCGCGAACUCCUCCACAAGGCUCACCAUCACAUCUCGCGCAUCUUCGCCGCCGUCGCCUCCUCCGCGCUCGUCGUCCGCAUACACUCGUCCAUACCGCCCACAAUGCGCCGCCCGCUGGGCUUCUCGGCCGUCGCAGUCGUUCUGUUCCUCAUAAUUGGCCUUCCCGUCAUUCUCGCGCAAAGCCAGCCGUUCCAUUGCUACCCGUUCCCGCCCGCCGACAAGCUCGCGAGUCCGUUCAUCACCUUACAGCCGCACUGCUGUAAGGGAACAAUCGACAACAAGUUGCGAGUCGGGACAAAGUGCGAGCCGGCGAACGGCGGAAAGUACAAGACCAAAUUCGGACAGGACCUGGGAACGUGUGCGACGGGAUGGGCAGACGCAUGUUGUAUGCGCUUGCAUUACCCGCCUGAAAUUCCCCGCCCAGACAUGUCAUAUUGCGACGCGGGGUUCCUGGUCAAGGCCGAGUCGCGAAAUAUCAUCAACGCUCGCAGUUGGAAGCCCCAAAACUACGGAAUUUGA